AUGCAGAUGGCCAGAACCCAGAAGAACAAGGCUACCUCCUACCAUCUGGGUCAGCUGAAGGCCAAGUUGGCGAAGCUCAAGCGCGAAUUACUGACCCCGAGCGGAGGUGGCGGCGGCGGUGGCGCUGGUUUCGAUGUCGCCAGAACGGGUGUUGCCAGUAUCGGCUUCAUUGGUUUUCCCUCUGUCGGAAAGAGUACACUGAUGACUCGACUGACUGGCCAGCACUCCGAGGCUGCCGCUUAUGAGUUCACAACACUUACUUCGGUGCCCGGUCAGGUCACGUACAACGGUGCUCCUUUACAGAUCAUCGAUUUGCCCGGUAUCAUUGAGGGUGCGAAAGACGGUCGCGGUAGAGGUCGUCAGGUCAUUGCCGUUGCCAAGACUUGCCACUUGAUCUUUAUCGUCCUGGACGUCAAUAAGCCGCUGACCGACAAGCGUGUAAUUGAAGCCGAAUUGGAAGGGUUCGGGAUUCGCAUCAACAAGUCGCCACCAAAUAUCACCUUCAGAAAGAAGGACAAGGGUGGCCUCAACGUUACGAGCACGGCGCCUCUGACGCAUAUUGAUCACGACGAAAUCAAGGCCGUCAUGAGUGAAUACAGAAUCAACUCGGCCGACAUCACCAUCCGCUGCGACGCCACGGUUGAUGACCUGAUUGAUGUUUUGGAGGCUCGCUCUCGAAGUUAUAUCCCCGUCGUGUACUGCCUAAACAAGAUCGACGCCAUCAGUAUCGAAGAGCUGGACCUGCUGUAUCGAAUUCCUAACUCAGUUCCCAUCAGCUCCGAGCACGGCUGGAAUAUUGAUGAACUUAUGGAGGUCAUGUGGGAGAAACUCAACCUCAAACGUGUCUACACCAAACCCAAGGGAAAGCAGCCAGAUUACAGCGCCCCUGUUGUCCUGAGGGCUAACAAAUGCACUGUCGAGGAUUUCUGUAAUGCCAUUCACCGAAGUAUCACCGAGGUCUUCAAGACGGCCAUUGUCUACGGCAAAUCGGUCAAGCACCAGCCUCAGAAAGUUGGUUUGGCCCAUGAGCUGGAAGACGAGGAUGUCGUUACCAUUGUUAAGCGAUGA